CAACACGAAUAUAGGUCUUCAUGCUGAGAUGUGGCCGCCCUGGCUGGAGAACAAUGCAUCCAUUGCUCCUGAGUGUCACUGCAUGUGCUUGGUAGUGAGGGGUUUUGAGGAAAAAUGAUCCAUUGUCCAUCCCUUCGUCUUGCUGCGGGGAUCAAGGCAAAGGUUACGGGUUCAUGAUCCGAUAUCCCUGGCAGUUCUAACUGAUCUGCCUUCACUAUGGACAGGGAGGUGUAAAACAGUCCAGACUCAAUGCGUGAGACAGACGCCCGCUCUUGCGCUGGGGAGAAUGUGGGAUGUGAAGCUCUUUGUGUGCAGCUCAGUCUGCCGCUGUUACAGCUCUUAGAGGAUCAUGCCUCAUCAUUUCAUUUGACUGUGAAGAGGCCGCCGCAGUUUCGCGGGGAAGUUAUGGCCGGAUGGAGCGCGCGUCUUUUGGAGGAGUUUCCCAGCUGCAACUUCUUAAGAUCAUAGGUGAAAAGUUUAUAUCACCAACAUGAGUUGGAGCUUUCUCACUCGUCUUCUGGAGGAAAUCCACAACCACUCCACGUUUGUGGGGAAAGUGUGGCUGACCGUGCUAAUUAUCUUCCGCAUCGUUCUGACGGCCGUUGGCGGUGAGUCGAUCUACUCAGACGAACAGACAAAGUUCACCUGCAACACUAAACAGCCCGGCUGCGACAACGUAUGCUACGAUUCCUUCGCCCCGCUCUCGCACGUACGGUUCUGGGUUUUUCAGAUCAUCAUGAUAUCCACCCCCUCGGUCAUGUACCUCGGUUACGCCAUUCACAAGAUCGCCCGUUCCACGGAGGAGGAGGGACGCAAAUAUCAGAGACACCAGAGGAGGAGCCGCCACAGCCGUUGGAGAGACGGACACCACCUAGAGGAGGUUUUAGAAGAGGAGGAUGAUGACGCAGAGCCGAUGAUUUAUGAAGAAGACAAUUUGGAUGCACAAGAUGUCAAACCAGAGAUGGAUAAAACCCAAAGUCAAGACCCUGUGAAGCACGAUGGUCGCCGCCGGAUCAUGCAGGAAGGCCUGAUGAGGAUGUACGUGCUUCAGCUGUUAUCCCGUGCCAUCUUUGAGGUGGGAUUCCUCACGGGUCAGUAUCUCCUCUACGGCUUCCGCGUGAACCCCUCGUACGUCUGCAACAAGAUCCCGUGUCCACAUCGGGUAGACUGCUUCGUUUCACGACCCACAGAGAAGACCAUCUUUUUGCUCAUCAUGUACGUCGUGAGCUGUCUUUGUCUCCUACUCAAUGUCUGUGAGAUGUUCCAUUUGGGGAUCGGUGCCUUCCGUGAUACACUCCGUAACCGUCGAAACCAGGGCCGGCGAACUUCAUACGGCUUCUCAUACUCCAGAAACAUUCCCGCAUCUCCGCCAGGUUACAACCUAGUAAUCAAAUCCGACAAGCCAGGUCGGAUUCCCAACAGCAUCCUUGCACACGACCAGAACAGUGUGGUUCCAGAGCAACAUUGCACAAGCCCUGAUGAGAAUAUUCCAUCUGACCUGGCUAGCUUACAUCACCAUUUACGAGUAGCCCAGGAGCAACUAGACAUGGCUUUUCAGACAUACAACACAAAAAAUGCUCAUACUUCCAGAACCAGCAGCCCUGUGUCGGGUGGCACAAUGACAGAGCAGAACCGGGUCAAUACAGCCCAAGAGAAACAAGGGCCACGACCUAAAGCCAGCACUGAAAGGGUUGGGACUAUAGGAAAAAAUGGAAAGACAUCCGUGUGGAUUUAAAUCCACAAUUGGAAACUCUUGACUACUCAUUUGUGGACCAUCCUAUUUGGAACACAUGAAGCAUUAUUUCUUGCUAAACUACUAUAGUUAGGCUCCAUUUCUCCUAUGUUCUCAAGUAGAGGGAUGGGGUUAAUUUCUUUGUAUUUAUUGCUUUAGCUGUGCUCUCCCAUCCUCUGAGCAAUUCUUAUUGUGCUUCUACUUAUAUUAAGUGUUAUGUUCCUUUAAAUUACUGUACAAUGCAUGUAUUUCUAUUGACCGUAUUGGAAAACAACACCAAUUUUCACUUUAAUGGAUCAUCAAUUUUAAUUCACUUCAUUCAUAUUCUCCACUCAAGGUGAAAGUGAGACGCUACCUUGACUCUUUUUCUAGAGAAAAUAAAAUCUAUUGACAAAUGACAUUAUCCCUGCCUUUCUUCUAACCAUCAUUCAAAUCCUAAUAACCACUGUUUGACAUUCAGCUCUUGUUAGUGAUUAUAUUUAGUGUCGAGGGGCAAUUCAUGACCGUACAUUUCUUGUGUUUGUUGCAGUGGUCUUUAUCAACCUCAUUCUGUGUUUAUGAAUAUGUCUUUAUGAUAUGUUCAUUUCUGUUUCUCAGCUGUGGCACGACUAGCUUAGCUCUGUAAACAACUUAACUACCAGCAGAUUUAAUUCAACUCCUUUGAAUGGAAAUGAAAGAAGCUUUCCAGACUUAAACCAAAUCUCAACGUAUUAAACAACUGACAUGCUGUUACUCUUGACAACUGGUCUAUUUACUGUUCCUGCAUUGUUUCAAAAGUGACAGCUGCUCUUAGUGGCUCUCAGUACAUCUUGUGUAAGGUUUUCCUAGGUGAUUUAAAAUUAAACUUGGCUCGGGCUGUGUUAAAAGAUGAUUGCUAAAGUCGCCCAUAAUUCCAUAAUAAUACUCUGUUGCAAACUCUAGUUUGCUGUGCACCCAUUUAGAAUAUUUAACAUGGGCACAUUUUUACAUUUGCUCGCUGUUCCAGUCAGUUGCAAAUAAAAAAUGCACAAAGUUUUGUAACACAGCCCAUAAGUGAAAGUGUUCAUGCUUUUAGAAAGCAGAGACACCUAUUGACAGAGAAUCCACCAUCCCCAAAUCAGACCCUGGUCCUGCCCCAAAAUCAUGCCAUUGGUUGAGCCAAUGUUGCCAUGUUGGGAUGGUUGGUGUUUUGAUAGUGCCAAAAUGUUUAGUGAAAUCAACCUUUUUUGUCCCUCCAUAUCAAUCAUCAAAAAUGAAAAAUAAUUUUUACUUUUAAAUAACUAUAAACAUUACCUUUUAAUGUCUGUUAAUUUUUUUUAUUUUGUACUGAUUUCUAAAACUAUUAUGCAAACCAUAUUUCUUUGAGCUGUUGUGUUUAUAUUGUUACUGGUUAUAUAAGGAUACAUGAUAUCAUGCUGUUGCAGCUGCGGGACAUUAAUGUUUAGUGCAAUGUCAAUACUAAUCAAAAUCAUGUUUAAUUUUGACCACAGUUGAACUUCUCAAGAUACUUAAAGCUCUGCAAUAUUUAUUUGAAGCAUUUAUGAAGAGGGGGAGAUGGUAUGUGUUACACAUAUGACAAAAAUGCACAUUCGCACAAUGCACAAGUGUCUCCAACGUCAUGAAGAGCUGUGCAGACUAAUUGGCAAAAAAUGUGUAUGAUGAUAUAAUGCUCUCAAAUCACUUUAACUGUAUUUUGAUGUCAUAUGCUAACCAGUCUUUGCAGAGAUGACUCACGUUGCAUCUGUUGAGUUCUCUUUUUGUGUCCAUCUAUAUUUGUUUAAAGAUACAGCAUAACAAUUUUAUUUAAAAGAGUGCAAUGCAAGUUGACCUCAGAUCGCAGUGGCAGUC